UGCGUGGCGGAAGGCGCCAGAGCAUAAAGGGGGCGGGGCCUCCCCGAGGCCAGUGCGCGGCCGCAGAGUCUGAGCCGCCCGUCGCUCCGCCCCCUGGGAGAGUCGGCGCCACCAUGGAGGAGUAUCACCGCCACUGCGACGAGGUUGGCUUCAAUGCUGAUGAAGCCCACAAUAUUGUCAAAGAGUGUGUAGAUGGAGUGUUAGGAGGUGAGGACUAUAAUCAGAACAACAUCAAUCAGUGGACUGCAAGCAUAGUAGAACAAUCCUUAACACACUUGGUUAAGUUGGGAAAAGCUUAUAAAUACAUUGUGACCUGUGCAGUGGUCCAGAGGAGUGCAUAUGGCUUUCAUACCGCCAGUUCAUGCUUUUGGGAUACUACUUCUGAUGGAACCUGUACUGUAAGAUGGGAGAAUCGAACCAUGAACUGCAUUGUCAACGUUUUUGCCAUUGCAAUUGUCCUGUAACUGACUAACAAUGUUGGGUUAAAAAACCAUUAACUUAAGAAUUUGUCAGUGUAUCCUUUCUGAAAUGCAUAAUAGUUACUUACAAAUAUGCUAGGUGACAAGUGUGCAAUAAGCUUCAGCUAUCAACAAAAACUGAAUAUUAUAAGCAAGCAAUCUCAUAGUAUGUUGGCAGAUUAUAUUGUAUUCUAUACAGUAUCAUUUAGAUAGGGAAAAUUGAAUGUUGGUGAAAACUAAUGUUCAAAAACUAAAUGCAGAACUAUGGCAUGACUUGAACAUCUAAUCUUAUAUUUAUACCAGCUUUUCACUAACAUCACUAUGUACUUAAGGAGAUGGAAGAAUCCAUUCAGAUAAUGAAAUUUCCUUUCAUUUAGAGAACUUAACAGGGAUAACUGUAUGAACAAAAAAGCUACAGAGAUAAAUGUGGAGAAAAUAAUAUCAAUUUAUUAAUACGUCUUUUUUAUUUCUUCCCCUUAGUCAUAUAUAAUAUUUAGUGAGAAGCAAUUUUACUUUUAUUUCUAUAAAUUAAUAUUACAGUACUAACUAUAAUUAACCUGUUUACUUUUUCUGAGAAUUGAUAAAUCAACUUUUUUUAUUAUUUCAAAUUAGGACAAAUUAAAUCUGAUGACUCAAAUUUCCUAGUUAAGCAAAAUUAGUUACCAGUAUGAUGAACAGUAUAUGACUCAAACAGCUGCCUUAUAAUUCAUUCAUUGAAUGCAAAACAAAAAUAUGCUGAAUUCCUAUUAUGAGCCUGUUUCUCUGGUAGGCAUUACAAUUAUCAAGUGGUAUUCAAAUGCUAACUCCUUUUGGCAACUAUUAUGUUGGAAAACUAUCAUCUAUGUUUGGGGAAAAUAAAAGUUGUUUUACAGGUGAGGUAAAUAGUGAAUCUGGUUAUCCAUGUAGAAGUAAGCAAAAUGAAAGGCACUUAUUGGUGACAAAAUUAUAGAAGUAAUUUUAAGAGUUGCUUAUAGCGAGUUAAAAUGCUUAAAUUAUGCAACUCUUAGUUAAAGGCCUUAUUCGUAGUCUUAAAUAUACAAGUAGUAAAUUUUUUUGCUUUAAUUGCAAUCAUCUGUAAAUCUAAAUAUAUAUAUGGGGUUCAACUGAGUGAAGUAUAAGUUGUAAGUAUACAAUCAUUAGCAGGUUAUCUAAUAUCUCAGGGCUUAUGGAAUGUAGUUAAAUUUCUUAAUAAAAUGAAAAAUUAGGGUACACAGCUGACCACCAAAUGUGAAGUCAAUCUGCUGUUUAACCUUGAAAACAAUCAAUUUUGCAUAUUAUCACUGAUACAAACACAUAUACAGAAUGGAACCAUGAUUCAUUGAAUUUGGGAGAAAGAAGGAAAGCGUAAGAUUAGCAUUGACAGUAUUAAGGUAGUAUUCUUUUAGGAAUACGAUGUGCAAGUUUGAUAUUUUGCUGAAUAACAAUAAUUGUUCAGUGAAGAAUCAGAAAAUUAAAGAAUGGGUUUAAUGCAGUGAUCUAUGUUCUUUAAAAAAAAAAGCUCAUGAAAAAUUUUCAGUCAUGACCCUCAUGUUACUUAAUGUUGCUGACUGUUGUGCCCUUGAAAAUUAUAAUAGUGACCAAAAUAUCUGUGCAGUUAAGGCUUGUUUUUGAUUAUUGUUGUUGAAGCCUAAUUUUUUUUUUUAAAAAAGCAUAAUGAAAUCAUACUUCGUGGACUUGAUACCUGCUCUGUUACUAGUGAAAAUAUAAUAAAGAUUAUCUUCCUGUGCUGUA